AUGGCAUUGGAAAAGGUUCCAUAUUCCCCCUUCUUUUACUCUGUUUAUGUCAUGUUUAUGAUGAACUUGGUGAUCGCAUCCGAUACCUUAAGUCCAGGUCAGUCCAUUAAAGAUGGAGAGAGAUUGGUCUCUUCAGGCCAAAGCUUUGAGCUUGGGUUCUUCACUCCAGAAAACUCCAAGUACAGGUACUUGGGGAUAUGGUACAAAUUUAGUCCUGAAAAAGUCGUUUGGGUUGCCAACCGAAACAACCCACUCACUGAUUUAAAUGGUGUUCUCACAUUUAGCGAUGAGAGGAAUCUUGUUGUUCUCAACCGAUCAAAGAGCAUCAUCUGGUCUUCGAAUUCAUCCGGGGUUUUAAGAAACCCAGUCGCACAGUUGUUGGAUUCUGGUAACCUUGUCGUUUCAGAGAAUACAAGUCAACAUUCUGGUGAAUGGUCAUGGGAGAGCUUUGACUAUCCAACUGACACCCUUUUAGCUGGUAUGCGAAUGGGAUGGAACUUCAAAUCUGGUUUCGAAUGGCGUCUGACUUCUUGGAAAAGCACGGAUGAUCCUUCCUGUGGAGAAUAUACCAUUGGAAUAAAUGUUAAUGGGUUGCCCCAAUAUGAAAUGCUCAAACGAGGCUCCACAAAAACAUUGCGGACAGGGCCAUUCAAUGGAUUCGGUUUCCCGGGAGAUCCAUCGACUAAGAGUGCCCUUUUCAAGCCGUGGUUUGUUUACAAUGAAACAUAUGCAUAUUUUGAGUUUGAAUCUUUAAGGUAUGAUAUCUUCACCAUACUCACAUUGAAUCAGUCUGGUCUUGCUCAACGUCUUCUGAGGAAGAGAGAGAGCUCUACAUGGGAGGUCAUGACCUCAUCUCCCCAUGAUCCAUGUGAUCACUACGGGCGGUGUGGUGCUAAUGCUUUUUGCAAGAGGAACGAAGAACCUAGAUGCCAGUGCUUGCAGGGAUUCAUGCCCAAAUCCCCAGAAGAGUGGCUGUUAUUUAAUUCAACCAGCGGGUGCAUUAGGAAAGCUCAGUUAAAUUGCUCUCAAAAACAGGGCUUUCUGAAACUUUCGAUGCUGACUCUGCCCGACCUGAUAGACUUCUGGGUAAACAAGAACAUGAGCCUUGAGGAGUGCAAGGUGGAGUGUCUAAAGAACUGUUCUUGCACAGCUUAUGCUAAUUCAGAUGCACGAGGAGGAGGAAGCGGCUGUCUGAUGUGGUUCAGCGAUCUCAUUGAUAUAAGAGAAUUUGAAGAAGAUGUACAAAAUAUCUUCAUUAAAUUAUCUGCUUCUGAGUUAGGUAAAUAUGUACAUAGUGAUUCAGUUAGCAACCACUUUUCUAAGCUGCGAUAUUCCAUCCAAAGCCCUGUCAAUAAGAAAAUACUGUUGACAGUCACGGUGGCUUCAGUCAUUUCUGGACUGCUCAUAGCAGGUAUAGCAUUGAGCAUUAUGUGGAAGAGCAGAAUGAAAAGAAGAGGCUUACAAAGUCAGAAGGAAGACAUUGAUUUACCAUUAUAUGAUUUUUCUACCAUUGCUGUUGCUACUGGACAUUUCUCACAGACCAACAUGAUUGGAGCGGGUGGCUUUGGUUCAGUCUACAAGGGAAAUCUCUCCAUGGGUCAAGAAAUAGCUGUGAAGAGGCUGUCGAAAGAUGAUGACAGAAGCUUCUUGUUAGCGUGGAAAAGUCGCUUCGACAUAGUUUUAGGAAUUGCGAGAGGACUUCUUUAUCUUCAUCAAGAUUCAAAACUGCAAGUCAUUCACAGAGAUCUCAAAACAAGUAAUAUUUUGUUAGAUGUGGACCUCAAUCCUAAAAUCUCAGACUUUGGCCUUGCAAGAAUCUUUGGAGGCAAUGAAAGAGAAGCAAGAACGAGAAGAAUCAUUGGUACCUAUGGCUACAUGUCCCCAGAAUAUGCUUUUGAUGGAAAAUUCUCUGUGAAAUCCGAUGUUUUUAGCCUUGGUGUAGUUUUGCUAGAGAUAGUAAGUGGCAAAAAGAACAGAGGGUUUUGCCAUCCUGAUCAUCAACACAACCUUCUUGGGCAUGCAUGGUUGCUGUGGAGCGCAGGCAGGUCCUUGGAGCUUCUACAUGAAUCUCUAUGUGACUCCUUCAUUGCAUCCCAAGUAGAGAGAUGCAUUCAUGUUGGUUUGCUAUGUGUCCAAAAGCUUCCUGGAGAUAGGCAAACAAUGUCUUCAGUCGUUUUCAUGUUAGCGAAUGAGGAAGCAAUCUUGCCACAACCUAAACAGCCCGGUUUCUUUAUGGAGAGAGAGGCAUCUCCAAUAAGGGAAAACUUGUACACAGGGAAUAUCGUUACGAUCACCAUGCCAGAAGGUGACUCAUUAAGUUCAGGCCAGUCCAUUAGCGAUGGAGAGACAAUAGUUUCCUCAGGCCAAAGUUUUGAGCUCGGCUUCUUCUCUCCUGGAAACUCCAGGAACAGAUUCUUGGGGAUAUGGUACAAGAUCACUCCUGAGACGGUCGUGUGGGUCGCCAACAGGAACAACCCACUUGCCGAUUCAAAUGGUACUCUCACAAUUUCUAAUGAUGGAGCACUUGUUCUUCUAAACCAGUCGAAGAGUGUCAUUUGGUCUUCAACUUCAUCCGGGACACUCAGGAAUCCUGUCACUCAGCUUUUGGACUCAGGAAAUCUCAGCUUCGAUUACCCAUCUGACACGCUAUUAGCCAGUAUGAACAUGGGGUGGAACUUGGCAACUGGUUUAGAGAGGUACCUGAGUUCCUGGAAAAGCGCAGAUGAUCCAUCCCCUGGAGACUAUAUGUUCAGACUAAACAGACAGGGGUUGCCACAAUGGGAAAUACUCUUGACAGAUUCGGUAAUAAAGUAUCGGACGGGACUGUGGAAUGGAGUUCAAUUCAGUGGCACUGCCGUGGAACCGAGUUCAGUCUCUAAGCCUACUCUAAUUAACAAUGCCAGUGAGAUAUAUUUUACGUAUGAGCCUCUAUCAAAUGGAGUCAUUACAAGAGUCACGUUAAACCAGUCUGGAUUACUACAACGACUUGUGUAUAUGAAUAGGAGUGCUACAUGGGAUAUUAUGUACUCUACUCCAAAUGAUUUAUGUGACAAUUAUGCCAAGUGCGGUUCUAAUGGUUUCUGCAGAAUAAACGAGGCUCCCAUAUGCAAAUGCUUACGAGGGUACACGCCCAAGUCGCUGGAAGAAUGGGACGUGCUUAACUGGUCUUCGGGCUGUGUGAGAAUGCUACCCCUUAAUUGUUCGAAAGGAGAGGGCUUCUUGAAACUUUCCGGGGUGAAACUACCUAACCUGAUAGACUUCUGGUUAGAUAAGAAUAUGAGCCUUGACGAAUGCAAGGCCAAAUGCUUGAGAAAUUGUUCAUGUGUAGCUUAUGCUAAUUCAGAUGUUAGAGGAGGAGGUAUUGGCUGCCUAAUGUGGUUUGGCGACCUAAUCGAUAUUAGAGAAUUUCAUGGAGUUGACUACGACCAGAAUAUAUUCAUACGACUUCCAGCUUCUGAACUAGAUGCAAUCCAGGGUCCCAACAAGAAGAAAAGAUUGAUCAUCAUAGGGAUUCCACCCAUUUUGGUAGUGUUCAUUCUGGCUGUGGCGAUUUGGAUUAUUUACAGGAGGAGAAUACUGAAGGAGAGAGGUUGGAGAAGUGGAAAAGAUGACUUUGACUUGCCGUUAUAUGAUUUUGCUACGAUCGCUGCUGCUACUGACAAUUUCUCUUCAAGGAAUAUGAUUGGCCAGGGUGGCUUUGGCCCUGUCUACAAGGGCAAUCUUUCGGUGGAUCAAGAAAUAGCAGUAAAGAGGCUCAAGAAUUCGGGACAAGGUCUUGAAGAGUUUAUGAACGAAGUAAUUCUGAUUGCAAAACUUCAGCACAGGAAUCUCGUGGGACUGGUGGGCUGCUGCACCGAGAGAGAGGAAAGAAUUUUAAUUUAUGAAUAUAUGCCUAAUGGAAGCUUAGAUCAUUUCAUUUUUGAUCAGGAUAAAAGCUUCUCGUUGACGUGGAAAAUAAGAUUUGACAUUGUUAUGGGAAUUGCACGAGGACUUCUGUAUCUCCACCAAGAUUCAAAGCUUCAAAUUAUUCACAGAGACUUAAAGGCAAGCAACAUUUUGCUAGACGCCAACCUAAAUCCUAAAAUCUCGGACUUUGGCUUGGCUAGGAUAUUCACUGGUGAUGAAAAAGAAGCAAAAACUAGCAGAGUUGUUGGAACCUGCGGCUAUAUGUCCCCAGAGUAUUUAUUCAAUGGGAAUUUUUCCGUGAAAUCUGACAUAUUUGGCUUUGGAGUGCUUUUAUUAGAGAUUAUAAGCAGCAAAAUGAAUAGAGGGUUCUGCCAUCCAAACCACCACCACAACCUUCUUGGGCACGCAUGGUUGCUUUGGACCCAAGGCAGGGCCUUUGAAAUUCUUGACGAAUCAUUGUACGACUCUGCCAUCAAGUCUCAAGUAGAAAGAUGCAUUCAUGUCGGGCUGUUGUGCGUCCAAAAGUUUCCUGCAGACAGGCCAGCCAUGUCCACGGUCGCUUCCAUGCUGGGAAGUGAAGGAACGGUUCUGCCUCAACCUAAGCAACCAGGUUUCUUCACGGAAACCAGCCUGGAAAACUAUAAUUCAACUUCAAAUGGGGAAGAUUAUCAUACAAACAGUGCGGUGAGCAUCACAAUGCCAGUGGCCCGGUAGACACUCCAUCAUCUGUUAAUGAGGUUUUAUCCCCGACAAGAGAAAAACGCAACCUAAAUAGCAUUUCAAUGUCCUCCAAGGUCAUUUCUGUUUGUCUAGAUUUUCUUCUUGCUGUAUCCUAGAUUAGAUGAAAAGGCCUCUUGUUAAUACUGCUUGAGUGGGAUUAUGUAACCAAUAGAGCGACGAUAAAAGUGAGUGGAUAAUUACACUUUUAUUUAGCUGGCGGCUGAACUAAAAGUCUGAUGCAAUGGUCUAUAACAGUUUCCGCAAACUUCAGUGAU